AUCAACUCCAUCCUCGGUUUUAAAAAAACCCAAAAAAUAAGAAUCCCCUUUGGCUAUUUUGUGGGUAUCCGAAAAAGUGAACCAAAACCACAUUCAUCCCGACAGUGUGGAAUGUGUGUACAUUAAAAAUACAGUGUGUAAAUGCGUGAGUCCCGUGUGUGUAUGUGUGUGUUCCUUUAAGAAUGGCGCUGAGUCUAUUUCGUGAGACUCACACACAAUCAGCUGUUUUGUUGUUCCCCCCCCCCAAGAGAGAGCCCCGGGAGCGUGUGUGUGUACAGUGGGAGUGGUCCGUUGUGAAAGAGGGGAAAGAAGGCGGUGCCAAAUGGUGGAAAUUCCUGGCCGGUUCUUAGCCUCUCUCUCAGAGUUAUAGAGUAGAGCCGGGCGACUCUCUUUUCUGUCUGCAGCAGCUGACAACAACACACACACACACACACACAAGAGAAGAAAAAAGGAACUAAGUCAAAAAAAAGGUUGUCUGUCGAAUUCCUGAGCUACACCAACCGCACACAGUUGUGACUUUCUCAUUCGUGUGCAGAUUGCCGAGUCAGUCGGUUCAGCUUCUUCUUCUUUUUUUGAUUUUUCACGUGAAAUUAUUCAGUUUGUGGGUGUGUGUGUGUUGAUCAUUGAUUUUGGGUUGUUGUUGUUGUUGUUCGGAAAUCGAUCGCCAACGUUUGCGCGCGCGCGUCGUGUAAAAUCCAACCUCCAACAGUCGACGACGCUAUGGAGACGCCGUUGGACGUGCUGUCGAGAGCUGCCACGCUCAUUCACGAUCAACUUCACAAAUCAACUGCCAACAAACACAAAGAUGAUCGGGAUUUAACAUCCAAUCGGGUCGGUGCUGACAAUGAUGGGGGUGGAAAUAAAGAACUCCCGACGAGGACCAAGAAAGAACGAAGACGUCACGAACGCCAUCACGAAUUGCUUUCUACCGCCGCCAGGGCUCGCAAAGAGAGAAUUCCGGUGGAAACGGCUGAUGAAGUGGACAGACCACUGGAUAUGAGCACUGGACGUCGAGCAUCACCUCCACCUUAUCCAGCGGCUGGAUCGUCAACUGGAAUCCUUCCGUCCUAUCCGCUGAGAUAUCCCAGUCCACCGGAUUACGGAAGUUCAUCAGGUCCUCGACCUUCUGUCAUCACUUGCGCUUCCAGUUUGCGAUCGAGUCCGGCUCCCAGCUGUCCGAGUCCUUGCGGCAGUACGAGCUCGUCGGCCUCCCAGUCAGCUCGGACAACCACAGCAGGCAAUGGAUCUCCUCCACCACCACCAGUUCGCUCGCGUCCAACAGCUGACGGAGAGGCUAGACUUCCUCCACAACGCCGCGAAAUCAUUUCCUCAGGUAUGUGCGACCCGGUGAUUGACGAACAUUUCCGGCGAUCGCUGGGCGAACGUUACACUCACCUGUUUGCUUCGUCGUCGCCAUCGUCUUCAUCGUCGUCUACCUCCAAUUUAACGACCACCAAUGACUCAUCCUCACGCGACGGUGGGGCGGCCAAUAAAAUGCCAUCCACUGUCAACGUCACAGGACUUUCAGUGGAUGAUCAUUUCGCCAAAGCCCUUGGAGAAACUUGGCUCAAAUUGCAGAGUGAAACCAAGGAAAAGGAGGCCAACACCGACUCCCAGCCAGGCUCUCCACUACCGUCAUCAGCCCAGCGACAAGGACUUCUUCUCACUUAAUAUUAUUUCUCUUUUAUUUUUCAAAUAAUCGAUCACGAAAAUAUUUUAACGGUAGAGAGUUUUUGUGUGUGCGUGUGAAAAAAAAAACUAAAAAAAAAAAA